GCAAGCAUGUUGGUUUCCAUGGCGACUUCCAGCACACCUGUUGCAGGUGGGGUGGGCACCAACAGGACGGCACAGCCCUCAUCACAUCUACCUUCUUCUCGACGUCCACGAGCUGGCCGCCCUGAAGAGACCGGGUACCAUGGUAACGACGGUGUAGGGUCAGCAGACGAGUCGGACUCAGGUGCUCAGGGCAUCCACCUCCUCUUGAGACCCCCUGACCUUCUGUCCCCCAGCCACCCCCCUCCCCUUCCCCCGUACGCCCAGCCCACCCUCACGCCUCCCCCGCCAUGGGACCACUCCCCCUCCCUGGAGGAGUCCUGGGGUUCUGGGGACUACCUGGAAACCCUGUCCUUCAUGGUCCCCGACGGAGAGGAGCCGGCUCUGGCCACGCCCCUACCCAGCCACACGUAUGACCCCGACGACAAGGAUUCUUACGACAUCUCCUUUCCUUCUCGACCCACCCUCCCGCUCUCCUCGCUCUUCCCAUCCUCCUCCGUCCCCACAACCCCCCUGAAGGGCGGUUUCCCCACCCGCCCGGCCCAGCCCGACCCGUCCUGGGAUGAAGAGGACUAUGACCUGGAGGACAUGCUGCCCCUGGAACCCACAGAGCUGCUGUUGCCUGACAUGAACAGUCUGGAGUACUACACCAACCUCCUGGCCCGCGAGAGAGAGGAGGAGAGGCACAGAGAGCUGGAACGAGAGAGAGAAAGACACAGAGGCAGAGGUAGAGAACCUAUGCCUCCAGACUUGGACACUGUCAACCAGACCACCUCUAAACCUGCCAUCAGGCCCACUGCCACUACCACACACACACACUCUCAUACCCACACACACGGCCAUCCCUCUCCAUCCUCCCCUGGCUCCCAUCCCACUCCAGGCCAGGAGCCCAAGCAGCCCCCAGUCCCCUCAGUAGGGCCCACCCCUCCUCUGGACCUCUCUCCCACCCCCUUUCGGGGGCCAGGUAUCCCCACUCCUCCUGAUAGGUCUGCCACUAAAGGGCCUGCCCAGCCCUCUGCCCCAAGGCCCAGAGACCAUCCAUCUACCCCGGGAAAACACACCCCACGUCCCCCCUCCAACACCACCAGUAAGGCCCCCCCACGGCCCCCCACUUGGCCUGAUGCCCCGGGGAGACCGCCAGGCCGGGACUUUGGGGAGAGAGGAGCCAUCACGGUCAAGACCCCGCCUGUAACCAGGGCUCCCAGCACCCGGCCCACGACCACCAAGGCAACAACUACCACAACUGUUUCCACCACAACUCUAAGUGUGACCAGGACCCCGGCAGUGUCCACCCCUCGAGUGGUGCUGACCCCUCCUGGAAGACAGUACCUGUGCAAUGUCACCAAGCCAGAGAUGUACCUGGUCAGAGUGGUCAUGCCCAAAGGCUCCACUGUAGGGUUUGGCCAGGUGAGAGACAUCUUAAAGAGAGAGUUCAACCGCUCAGUGGAGCUACAGUUCCUGAGAACUCAGUCCAGUUUUGCCUUUCGUGCCGUGGCGGGGCCUAUCAUUUUCACCGCCAUGUCCGUCAUCAACGCUCUGCGCCAAUCAUCUCGCAGCUCCUCCCCCAUUCCUGCAAUUUCUCCCCUUUACACUGUACCAGACUACAAAUACCAGAUCCACUCAGUGCUGCAGUUUGUGCCCAGCCACGUGGAUGUGCGUGUGUGCAACUUCAGUGAGCGUGUGGAGAGAGGACUCCUGAUGGCCUACACAGAGACACGGAGGCGCUCACAUGAGCUGGGCAACGUCAUCGUGCAGCUCCUUAACAUCACCAUGGGAAUGGUCAAGCCAGUGGGUGAGCAGAAGGUUCCAGUGGACAUCACCUUUACUAUGCGCGACGGGCGGGGCUACCUGCUGGGGUCGGAGGUCAGUGACCAUUUGAGGAAGCUCAGCAUGGUGGAGUUCAGCUUCUACCUGGGUUUCCCGGCGCUGCAGAUUGCUGAACCAUUCCACUACCCAGAGCUAAACAUCUCUCACCAUCUACGCUCCACCUGGGUUCGCACAGUGCUACUGGGCGUGCAGGAGCAGAUGGUUACCGAGAAGAGCUUCAAAGCUCGUGUGGAGAGACGACUGGCGCUGCUGCUGGAGGAAGGGCUGGGGGAGGGGAUUAGACGGCGCUGGAAGAGAGCUACGGCAGUGGGCAACAACAGCAUACAGGUGGUGCGCGUGGCCCGGCUGUCUGGGCAGGAGCGCCCCCUGGAGGUGUUGUACUUUGUGGAGGGGCCUGGGGGAGAGAGGCUGCCUGCUGAUGUCACAGCUGCCACCCUGAACCGCCUCGACCUCCAGAGAGCUGCCAUCGUACUGGGCCACCGUGUCCAGAGACCCCUUGCCCAGCCUGUGGAGACCAUCACCGUGCCGCCCUCUGAGACCCAGAGCAGCAGUGUCUGGCUGAUCGUGGGGGUGGUGGUGCCUGUGCUGCUGGCCAUCUUCAUCAUCAUCAUCCUCUACUGGAAGCUGUGUGGCUCAGAGAAGCUAGAGUUCCAGCCUGACGCCAUAAACACCAUCCAGCAAAGACAAAAGCUCCAGGCUCCCAGUGUAAAAGGCUUUGACUUUGCCAAGCUGCAUCUGGGCCAGCACAGUAAGGAUGACAUAAUGGUCAUCCAGGAGCCGGGAGCCCUCCCGGCACCCAUCAAAGAGGUCACACCCUCUGAGGGCGGGGACUUGAACACGCCCAAAUCCAAGGGCUCCUCCACCAAGGCGGGCCGCCACAGUCGUCGUAGAGGGAGGCUCUCGCCAUCAGAUGGAGAUUCGUUAGGCAGUGACCAAUCGAGUGGAAGGGAGUCGGCGGAGGAGAGUACAAGGCCUGUGGCCACACCAAGUGAAGCCAAACAACACAGGAAGACACCUAAAAAUGGGAGGAACAAAAUGGUCCCCCCCUCUGGCAGCGGGCCAGAUGAGCUGCUCUCCUCCUCCUCCAUCUUUGACCACGUGGACCGUCUGUCUCGCGGUUCGUCCGACGGCCACAAGCGCCAAGCCAACAAGGUCCAGCUCAUCGCCAUGCAGCCUCGGCCCAGCCCCCCGCAACACACACAGUCGCAAAGCCCCUCCCUCACAGAGCGAGUCAGCACAGAGGUCGCCCUGAGGCACAAGUCUGAGAUUGAACACCACAGGAACAAGCUGCGUCAGCGGGCUAAGAGGCGGGGCCAGUGUGAGUUCCCUUCUAUGGACGACAUCCUGGAUGCCUUUGGGGACGGCGAGGAACAUGGGGGGCCGGUGCAGCGUCUCUACAGCUCCGCCCACGACCACAUGGACUGCAUCCUGCAGGCCGACUCCCCCUCGCCGCCCACACCCUCCGACUCCAGGAGGAGGGGGAGGCGCUCUCCUCGAGGGCGAAGGAGCCAACGGGGGAACGGCAGUCUCCCUGACACAGACAGACUGACAGACAGAGACGGUCUGCUGUCUGACCACACCGCCACCUACAGGAAAUACCCAGGACUUAACAAUGUGGCCUACAUGUCGGAUCCAGACCUCCCCCCAGACCACGGAAGCCCCUCCCCUAACGAUGAGGUGUUUGACUCUGCCCCCCCGCCCCCUCCCUACGUGCCGCCCCAGCCCUCCAUCGAGGAGGCGCGGCAGCAGAUGCACUCCCUAUUGGACGACGCAUUCGCCCUGGUGUCACCGUCCUCCCAGGGCAGUGCCGGGGUCACAGGGGUCAGCCCUGCCCUGCCAAGCCCCUCCCCUCAGAACCGCUCGGCACGACAGUGGGGCUCCUCCUCCUACCCAGCGGUCCCCACUCACAGCCCCUUCUCUGCGAGAUAUGCUGAGUUAGGGAUGUCUCCAUCGUCAGUCCAAGGCCUGUUGCAUAGCCAGGGCCUAGGCUCCGGGGGGUACAUUACUGCUGGAGAGCAACAACUGCCGCAGGAGUCGGUGUAUUCCAACAGGGGGCAGUAUGACGACCCCCCCUCCUCCUCCAGGCCACGUCCUGUAGGAGGCAGCACAGGAGCCCAGCUCCACCACCUGACGCAGGUGGGUCUGUCGAGCCGGAUCAGUGCAUAUCCCGGGGUGGGCCGCAGCGUGUCUGGGCCCACGGGCUCCAGCUGGAACCAGCAACACUCAGACCAGGACCUCUCUAGACCAGGAGCCAUCAGCAGGGAGAGUGUGCUGUCGUUCCCUGAGUUCACUUCCUCCUCCGUGUUCCAGAUGCCCAGUUCGUCGUUGCGGGACCCCUCAGCUCCUCCACUGCACCUAGCCCCGCCCACACCAGAGUACCCCCCUGACGACGCCUCCCCCUCAGCCCAUAGCUCCGCCUCUCUCAUCAAGGCCAUCAGAGAGGAGCUCCGUAGACUUGCCCAGAAACAAGUAGUUGUCACCAGUUAUCCCUAAGUUGGUCUGGGUCAAUGGGAACCAGGACCUUUAGAACUGGUCAGAAUCACAGCAACACCCAAACUGUCAUGGUCAGUUGGACCAACAACAGGUCUGGACUGGUCUGAACCGCAAUGCCCAAUCUAGUCUGGACUCCAAUCGGAACAAAUCUUGAUUGUCUCUGAAACAGACACCAUUCCUCCUCUCUUAAGAUGUGGUACUUAAAC